AUGAUGCUAAAUAGAAAGCGAUUAAUUCUAUCAAAUAUAAAUUUAAGUGGGCGAUGCUACUGUAGAUUUUUCUCAUCACAAACAAAUGUCGGUGAAAUUGAGGUGCCCUUUUCUAACGGUACAAAGUUAAAGUUGUCAACUGGUCGCUAUGCAAGAUUUGCUGAUGGAGCUUGUGUUGCUACAUUGGGCAAUACCAGUGUGUUAUCUACUGUAGUCUCUAAAGCAAAGCAGAGUAAUAACUCCUUCUUACCCCUUGUUGUAGACUACAGACAGAAGGCAGCUGCUGCAGGUCGUAUACCAACUAACUUCUUGAGGAGAGAAUUGGGUCCAACAGAGCGUGAAAUUCUCACAUCUCGCCUUAUAGAUCGUUCCAUUCGACCGCUAUUCCCUCAUGAUUUUAGCUGUGAUACACAAGUAGCAUGCAAUACGCUCGCAGUAGAUGGAACUUACCCUCCAGAGACAGUUGCUAUCAAUGCUGCGAGUGCAGCACUUGCUUUGUCUGACGUACCUUGGAAUGGACCAAUUGGUGCCGUGAGGUUAGGUCAAAUUGACGACGAAAUAAUAGUGAACCCAACACGUCGUGACCUUGAAAAAUCCUGCCUGAAUUUAGUAGUUGCCGCCACUAAAAUUAACUUAGUUGUCAUGUUGGAAGGUUUCGCUAAUGACAUUUUGCAGCAAGACCUACUCAAAGCCAUCAAAUUAGGUACUAAGGAAGCACAACACAUAGUGAAAGCUAUAGAGAAACUUCAGAAGGAUCAUGGGAAGAGAAAACGUGAAUAUGAGAGGCCACUGGUACUUGACCAGAGCAUUGUUGACUCUAUCAAAUCACUUUCAACAAUGAAAAUAAGGGAGAUAUUAAGUGACUUUAGCCACGACAAAACAUCAAGGGACAAUGCAAUAUCAGAGCUGAGACAAACAGUUCUGAACCAAUUGCGGGACACCGAGGCCGACGUGAGCUUGUUGCAGGACUGCUUCAACUCGCAUCUGAGACAAAUAUUCCGAGACAUGAUCUUCGAAACUGAGACGAGGUGUGACGGACGUGGCCUUGAUGAUCUUAGGAAAAUUAAUUGUGAGGUGUCGCUGUAUGAGCCUCUACACGGUAGUGCAGUGUUUCAGCGUGGGCAAACACAGGUGCUGUGCACCGUCGCCUUCGACUCGCCCGACAGUGCACUCAAGCUGGACACGCUCACUGCCAUCACCAGCGGCAUUAAAGAAAAAAGCUUCUUCCUACAUUACGAGUUCCCGUCAUACGCGACGGGAGAAGUCGGCAGAAGCAGCGGUCCGGCCAGACGGGAAGCUGGUCAUGGAGCCCUGGCAGAAAGAGGUCUAAUGCCAGUUGUACCUCAGCAACCUUAUACGGUUCGUCUUACUGCAGAGGUUCUUGAGUCUAAUGGGUCGAGCUCGAUGGCGGCGGUGUGCGGCGGCUCGCUGGCGCUGCUGGACGCGGGCGUGGCGCUGACGGCGCCGGCCGCCGGUGUGGCCGUGGGCCUGGUGUCCAGGCACGAAGACGCCAGCCUCGUGGACUACCGCAUCCUCACCGACCUGCUCGGUAUCGAAGAUUACAUGGGCGACAUGGACUUCAAGGUGGCUGGUACAAAGAAAGGUAUCAAUGCGCUGCAAGCCGACGUGAAAAUCCCUGGACUCCCACUCAAAGUAGUAAUGGAGUCGGUGCAGAAAGCUUGUGAUGCUAAAAGCCGUAUCAUUGACAUCAUGAACCAGUGCAUUGAUAAACCAAGACAAGACAAGAAAGAGAACAUGCCGGUGACGGAAGAGUUGCAGGUGGAAGUUCACAAUCGCUCCAAGCUUCUUGGCGUGGCCGGGAUCAAUCUCAAGAGGCUGUACGUUGAGACGGGUGUACAGGUGAGCCCUAUAGACGAGACGAAGUACAGCGUGUUCGCGCCAUCCAGCGCCGCCAUGGAGGAGGCCCGGGCGCGCAUCGCGGGCUGGCUGCAGAGCGAGCGCGCGCCCGAGCUGGAGUUCGGCGCCGUGUACCGCGCGCGCGUGCUCGAGCUGCGCGACGCCGGCGCGCUCGUCGCCAUACACCCCGCGCUCGCGCCCGCGCUCGUGCACAACUCGCAGCUAGACCACCGCAAGAUCCAGCAUCCGUCAGUGCUAGGCCUGGAGGUGGGCUCUGAGAUCAACGUGAAGUACUUCGGUCGCGACCCGGUGUCGGGACAGAUGCGUCUCUCGCGUAAAGUGCUCACCUCUCCUCCGCCAGGAAUCGUGCGCAAACUUGACAAGACAUAA